UAUCACGCGGCUUCAACCUUUGUAGUUGUGAUUAAUUCGAGCGUCAGUUUGUAUUAGUCGUCCGAAUUCCAAGUAGCAAAGCGAAAACACCCAAAAUGUCUGACAAAAUACCGACAAUUCAGGCUCUUGAGAAGCCAGAGAAGCUUGAGAAUAUCCUGCGUCAGGACAGAGGAGAUGAUUGUUUGCCUUGCAAAGUCGUUGGAAGCGGCGCAUUCUUUGGCCUUGGAGCUUACAGCUACUUUUCCGGAAUGUCACAGCUUGAUAAGCAAAAGGAUUUGAUCCUACGGAGCAAAUCGCCAUUCGGUAUGAGAAGUCGCAAGUUUGGAAUCACAUCUAUUUCGCUUGCUCUGGUGUGGAUGGGACUCUGGCGAGCUUUCAAGUAAUCAAGGAUAUCGAUACGAAUCAUGCAGCGAACUCAUCUCAAUUCCAACACGUAUCCCCUUGUAUAAUAGCUCCCGGUGCGGCUCCCUGCAGCCGGCUCUAGCUUCCCUACUAUCUUCUAUUUCAGAAAAUCAUGUGUUACUACUAUAUUAUACAAGUGGUUGGGUGCUUAUCUUGUCACUCAGCCUGCGAUACUGAACGUGUACUAUGCAUAUGCCCAUCUUCGCACAUCAGAAAUUAAAGCGUAGGGAGCAAGAAGGGGGGGAAUACAUACAGGAUGAAUCAAUAGUGUUUCAUAAAGCACAGUAUCUUACGGUACAUACUGCGAAAGUCGUAGUUUUAGUCAUUUAAUGUCGAGUCACUAAGGCCCCAGAAUUGGAUUCGAAAAUAAAAAUCCCAAGUAACCGA